GCUCAGCCCAGCUCAGCCCAGCCCAGCCCAGCCCAGCCCAGCCCAGCUCAGCAUGGCCGUGCCCGGGGUGCUGCUCGCCGUGUCGCUGCUCCUGCUGCCAGGGGGGUUUCCAGGGGCUGCCAGUGACUCUGUGACUCUGAAGGAAGGAGAAAAUCUAAAUCUUCACUGCAACUUCAGCACCCCCGGCAACAACAACUUCACCCUGCAGUGGUCAAACCCUCAGGGUUUCACCAUUUUCCUCAACACCCACCAGGUUUUAAGAGACCAGAGGUACAAACUUCUCCGUUAUUCCAAGGAUGAAUUAUCCAUCCAGCUGUCCAACCUGACAGUGCAGGAUGCAGGAAUUUACAGCUGCUUCUACUACAGGGGGCACGUCCAAAGCAAGAGCCAGAAUGUUGAGAUUUUGGCUGCUCCUUCCCACCCUGUGCUGGAAGUGUCCCAGGAUGAAGGAAGAGGCAUCAAACUCUCCUGCUACACCCAUGGGGGCAGACCCCAGCCCCAGAUUUCCUGGCUGCUGGACAACGGGAUCGAGCUCCCAGGUGACACCAGACACCAGCUGGGAGCCGAUGGGAAGAAAUGGAGCACAAGGAGCACCCUGAGGAUCCUCAGUUUCAGCCCAAAAGUGACAGCCAGCUGUGUCACCCAGCACCCUGCACUCGGGGCACGGAGGCUGGUGGCAUCUCUCCAUCUCCAGCACCUCCCCAGCACGGGCUGCAAACAAGGAACCAGCCUUUCAGAGGAUGCAGAAGUUGCCAGCCCUUCAGAGAAUCCAGCAGUUUCCAGUUCUCCAGAGAAACCAGCAGGUACCAGCCCUUCUGCUUCCCCAGAGAAUCCAGAAGUUUCCAACCCCUCUGUAUCCCCAAAAGAUCCAGAAGUUUCCAGCCCUUCUGCAUCCCCAGAUAUUCCAGAAGUUUCCAGCCCUUCUGCAUCCCCAGAUAUUCCAGAAGUUUCCAGCCCCUCUGCAUCCCCAGAUAUUCCAGAAGUUUCCAGCUACUCUGCAUCCCCAGAUAUUCCAGAAGUUUCCAGCUACUCUGCAUCCCCAGAUAUUCCAGAAGUUUCCAACCCCUCUGCAUCCCCAGAUAUUCCAGAAGUUUCCAGCCCCUCUGCAUCCCCAGAUAUUCCAGAUGUUUACAGCUACUCUGCAUCCCCAGAGAAUUCAGAAGUUUCCAGCCUUUUUCCAUCCCCAGAGAAUUCAGAAGUUUCCAGCCUUUUUCCAUCCCCAGAGAAUCCAGAAGUUUGCAACUCUUCUGCAUCCCCAGAGAAUCCAGCAGUUCCCAGCCCCUCUGCAUCCCCAGAUGAUCCUGGAGUUUCCAACUCUCCUGCAUCCCCAGAGAAUCCAGCAGUUCCCAGCCCAGCACCGCCACCAGCCCAGCCAAACCUCACAGACAUCACAUCUAACGAUCCCCAGUCCCCAGGAGUGCUGAGGACGCAGGGCAGGCUGCUGCUGCCUGCACUGGUGGCUGCACUGGUGGCUGCACUGCUGCUCGUGGUGCUGCUGUUCCUGCUGAAGCUGAGGAAAGCCCACGGCGCGUGGAAGAGAGAAAAUGAUGUUUCAGAGCAGACACUGGAGAGUUAUAAAUCCAGAUCUAAUGAAGACAGUCCAGGCCACGAGAAGAAUGGACAAGCUGGAAAUCCCAAGUCCAACAUGCAGUAUGUAACAGAAGGACCUGUGGAACCCCCAGAGAAGAAUGCAGCAAUGCCAGAGAAGGAUUCGGGUGACAAAAGCACGGCAAGAACUGAGGAGAGGUUUCCAUGUGGAAGGGAGAGUGAUGUGUAACGGUGGGAAGGCUGCAGGAAAAUCCAUUUCCAGAUGUUUGUACCGAAGUUUUUGGGAUUUGGCCUCGGAGGAGCAGGAGGGACGGGAACUCCAUCCCAAAGCACCCGGGGUUUGCCCCUGGAAACUCGGACUGAGCCACCUGGAACCUUCCGAGCUUCUCACCAACCUCUGCCACAGCCAGCUCGUCACCCUGUUAUUUAUUAAAAAUAUGGGUAUUGAUCUAGUACCGAUAUCCAGCUGUGAUGGACAAAAA